AUGUCUCGACCAUUCAGCCAUACGGGUGUCGACUACGCCGGACCAAUCGAGAUAAAAUCCUGGAAAGCACGCGGGGCAAAAAUCCUAAAAGGGUACUUUGCAGUUUUUAUCUGUUUAGCCACGAAGGCAAUUCAUUUGGAAGUGGUAUCAGAUCUGACAACAUCAGCUUUUUUAGCAGCAUUCAAACGCUUUACUGCAAGAAGAGGAAGCUGCAAGAAAACAUACAGCGAUUGCGGAACUAAUUUCGUUGGAGCGAAUAACGAACUAACCAAGAUGUUAAAAGAGGCAAGCCAUGACUGGAAGGAAAUCGCAAAAACCUUAGCAAAUCACGGCACCGAUUGGCACUUUAUUCCUCCUGCUUCUCCACACUUUGGUGGAUUAUGGGAAGCAGGUGUGAAAUCAGUCAAGUACCAUCUAAAAAGAGUAGUCGGAACUGAAAGGUUAACUUUUGAGGAGCUCGCGACACUUCUAACACAAAUAGAAGCGUGUCUGAAUUCGAGGCCCCUAUGCCCUCUCUCCGACAGUCUUGACGAUUUAAACGCGCUCACUCCUGCGCACUUCUUAGUCGGCGAAUCAUUAUACGCAGUACCUCAAGGCGAAACUAACGAAAACGUAACACACAUCGACCGGUGGAAACGUGUCCAAGCGCUGGCGGAAGGAUUUUGGCGAAAAUGGAACUCCGAAUACCUGGCAAGGCUUCAACAGCGCCCAAAAUGGAUGAAAAUCCAAGCAAUGCCGAAAAUCGGAGAUUUAGUUCUGUUAAAAGACGAACGACUUCCACCGACCUAA